GUGCAACUCUUAACAAUUGCUUAGUCAAUUUAGGGAUUUUCUGGUAAUAUAUCCAAAUGCAUAUGCAGAGGCCGUGCUUUGCCAAACUCUUGCCCGUUAUUUGCGAUUUUUUAUGGCACAAACUUUAAAGAGUUUCAAUAAGCCGUCGUGGGUGAUUGUCGCAAAUAUUUGAAAGACCUUAAGUCAAGGAUUCCGCGAAUGAUGAGUUCGCGCCCCAGAAAACUUGGCGAGAAUUCCACUUGUUGCAAGUGCAGGCGAACAACCGCCGGCUAACCACAGUGAGCACUCGCUCAGAGCGACCACCAACGAUCAGCGCUGGUUCGGAUAAUCGUACCCAUAUCCCCCAUAUCCCCCAAAGCCCCCACCCCCUUCCCCGCCAGAAUCCGAGCUAUGCAAAUGAACGCUCGCCUAUUGCGCAAGCAUCCCAGGCAGCGGCAAUUAACAGGCUGACACAUCAGCAACACAUCAGCGACAGCGACAGCAGCAGCGGCAGCACCAGCAACACCAGCAACUGCAACAACAGGUGUACUGUGUAUAGUGUACGGUGUACACACCCCAUGCUAAAAAGAAUUUCAAUUUACAAGCCUCGAUUUAUUGGCUAUUCACCUUUGUGUGGCUGCAGCAGCAGAAGCAGCAGCAGCAGCCGCAGUAAAGUAGCAACACCAACAGCUACGGGCAUGUGGCCCACUUUCCAUAGUCAACAAACAGCGGCAACACCAACACCAACACCAUCACCAUCUCCAACACACACGCAGAUACAAGCAUAUACUAGCAGAUACAAGCAGCAACAAAAACAUGUUUUGACAUACUAAAUAAGCCGCUGCUAGGCUGACUAGCUUUUGGCCAAGUCUAGAUGGCGUUCUUUAUCAUUAGGUUCUGUUAGCUGUUUUUGCGAUUCCCCCUGCCUCGGCAUAUUCGCUUUACUGCUGUUGCGGCACAGCAGCAACACCACCACCGUUCUUCUGCUCGGCCCCUCAUUUUUUACCGUAGCACGAACCUUAGCGGUAAAAACGUCAACUACAAACUAUACAGUUACCUCAAUGGAGGCUCAAACGGACUGAGAGCGAAACUCAAGCUGGCUAGAACAGAAUGAACGUUUUUACACUGGAAAAAAGGGCUGAGGUGGGAGUCAGUCGGGAAAUAGCAAUCCUACUUUCAAGCUUGUGGAUCUAUAUAAAGGUAUAAGGAAAAUAAAAAACAGUAAUAUAAUCACUGAUUAUAAUUGAUUAUAAAUGUUAAAAAUUAUAUUUUAAGUUAAGAUAGAAGAAUUCUUCUUGUAAAUAUCUUAAGAUUUACCUUUCUGCAACACAAAGGCCUUUAUGUUUUACUUUAAGGACAUGUGAUUUCUUCAUAAAGAACGGUUUUUUCCAGUGUAAGCAACCAAGCAGCGGACGGGCUUUGGGCGCGGGGCGGCUAAGCUGAAAAAUUGAUUUGGCAGCGCCUCGGGCCUGCGAGUUUAGUCUGCUCCCUCGACUCGGUUCACUUGAUGACUACAAAUGAGUGUCAGCCACUGACACGACUUCUCAUGCAGAAGCCCUACAGUUUUGGUCAAGAUUGAUCUAUAUUUUAUAGUUUCUGUUGAUAUCUUGGCGCUGGGGGCCUACGUAUCCACUAGCAUGGCUCAUUAGCGGGCUGGGGCGGUGGCCAAAACGUCGGGUUUUCUGGUCCCAUGAUUGAUGAUCGAGGCGAUGAAUCGUUACCUAAUUGCUGUACCUACUAGAACAGGCGUGGCGUUCAAGGAACAGAUCAAUCGAUUUGUUUCUCAGAUUAACUGCUCUCCCAAUACCAGAAGCUGACAGAUCACCAAAUCUGAUGAACGUUCUCUUGUAGUUUUAUUUGGCUAGAGGUGAAACAGGGUUUUGUAAUGCCUUGGAAACACAACUUGUUCAGCUUAAAAUUCUACAUGAUUUCAAUAUGUUCGCUUGUACUUUUAAUUGUUCUUAAAAUCUUGAUGAUUCAUAUACCAGAUCUUAAAUAAUACAAGCAUAAAAUUAACAUAGAUAGGGCAUAUGUUGUUACCAAUAGUAGACAUUAGGCAAAUAUGAAAAAAUAACUAAAUUAAUAGUAAGUCUAAAGAAAACUGAAAUAUUACAACUUUGUACUUCACACAAAUUUUGUACCACAAAGUAUAAAUUAUACAUAUUAAAAUAACGAAUAUCCGAAAUAUACAAACUAUUAUAAAUUUCAAGGGAAUUUAAAAAUUAUCGAUUGGUAAAGUACCCAUCAUGUGAAGUUUUUCAAAUGAUUCAAAUGGUUUUUAAAACCAGUUAGGGGGCUCUAACACAAGCGGAUUUGACAAUGAUUAGCCCACAUAAUGGUAGUUGGCAAAAAAAUAAAAAUGCAAAGCUAAAACAUAAAGGUUUUCUUCAUCCGAACCUUUUUGCAGAUGAGGCGACCCUGAACGUGGUCGAUGGACUUUGGCAGUUUGGCGCGUUGUCGCCGUCGACGGAGAUGUUGCAAUCGGCGGAUUACGAGAUAUAGAUAUGUAUAUUCGCACUAUCACUUUUGCGAUGGGGCACAUUGGGAGUGUGUGUUGUUGUAAUUUCCCAUAUGAAUCGGAGCCAGGUUCAUUAUAAUUUGGUUGGACAACGCUUUGCAUUUCAUGCAUGAAUCUUCCGCUUAUUGGCCGACCUGGUCGUCUGGACCUGGAUCCGUGGCUAUUAGCCAGGUCAGCUCCGCAUGGGAUUUGGUCUCCAAUCGAGCGUGCCGAAGUUUCAUUAUCAUAUUUUCGAUUUUGCCAAACUUCAUCGAUAUUGCCCGACGAUUUCGUAACCAGCUCAUCUCUUUCUCGUCUAUGCGAAAUUCCAAUUAUGCGGCGCACACAUGUAUCUUUGUAUCUGCGAGAUGCAAAGCUAAUGGUUUUAGUAUUGGACGUCAACGAAAAUACAUAAAUUAUCGUAAACGAAAUAUUAAUUUAUAACUGAGCGAAGUUUGUAUUUUUUUUCGUUUUCAACAUUCACAUGGAAGUUUACUUUUUUAUUUUGUUAUUUUGGUUGGCUUUUCAUUUUAGCAAACUUCGAAAGCAACUUGCCAAAUGACUUAAACUAAUUUUAACAUUUUUAAUUGGCCAGCAAACUCCGUGUGCAGUUCACCUUGACUGUUCGGUGAUUUUUUUGAUUUCUAAAUUUGUUUGUGCCAGACGUAAUGGUUUGAAUAUUUAUAAAAUUAAUAUAUUAAAUUUAUAUCCAUAAAAAAUGCAUCACUCUGGGACUUAACCCAGUUUAUUGUGGCUUCAUUGUCUAAGAACUGAGAUCCUGCAUGCAAAACUUAAUUGAAAGCGCUCUAACAUAUAAACAUCUAUCAUUUUAUAAAAUUCACCUUUUAUUAUAUGUAAAACUGGUCAUUUCUUAAGCAGUUAUAAUGCAGAUUCGCAGAGUAAAAAGAUUAACAUUUGAGUAAAGGAACCCUAUUGUGGAUACACUAUUCCAAGUAAAUGUAUGCAUUACUGCAAACUGCAACAAUACGUACUUGAUAUAAUAAUUAUAUAUAUCUUACCUACGCCGUUAACAAAUUCUAAAUUAUAAUUUGACUGUCAACAUAGCAGGUAACAAAACUAGGAAAUUUUCUCUGUUAGCAAUCUAGCCCUGAAAUAUUAAAAUAAGGGUAAAGCAUUCGACCAUAAGAUACCCUCAAAUCACUGCGCUAGUGCAAAAGCUCUUGCCUACCUUAUGGCGCAACUUAUUCAAAGAAAACAUUGCCAGAAAUGAUCUGAUCUAUUAUAAUAUCUCCACAUAUUUCUACACAGUUCUUAAUGAUCAUGAAUUUAAUAAUUUAAUACGUAAUUUAAUAAACCUACUUAAUCAUAGUUAAUAAAAUAAUUGUAUCAGACCAAUUUAAGAGUCCCAAAGCCCUUUUAAUUAUUAAAAGCUGGUUGGCAGGACUUAAGCGGUAUAAAUUAUGGUCUGUUGCCACUUCCGCCCAGAAAAAGGAUUGGAAACUACAAGUAAGAAGUGCAAUUAAGUUGCUCGCAACUGCAGUGCACACAUUUUGGCCUAAAAAGCAAUUGACCUGCUAAUCGAAGGAAGCGCCAAAAGCUCCCUCUCUUAAGCACCCCUGUUGUAAAAAGAGAGAGCAGAGAUAACAGCUGAUUGUGACUCUUUUCUUCGCCGAGCGGUUGCCAUAGCGAAUGAACGGCACAAAGCGGACGAGGCAAAAGUGGGUGUGAUGGCGGCAGCGGGGAGGCGGCUUGGGGCAGCGAACUGAAGAAGUCAUCGGCACAGAGACACAUAUACCCACUUCUCUCUCUCGCGCUCUUUCGCUGUCUCCUUCUCUUUUCAUUUGGGGAGCACGAGCUCUGCUGCCGCAUUGCGGCGCUGCUGCUGCGCCGCCAGCGUCGCUGCCGCGGCACGACGACAACGAACAGUCGAUAACAUUUUGCGGCACUCUUCAGCUACACCUCGUAUUGAGCGUUUCGCGGCGGCGGGUUACGAUGCGUGGCGCGUUGUAUCUUUAUUAUUAAUUAUUUGUUGUUGUUGUUUAUACUCUGUACCGUUUUCAUUUCCCAUCGCUCGUGUGUGUGCGCCGUGCGUGUGUGUGUGCGUGUGCCUAUGCGUUUUGCCCCCCAAAUCCCCCAAAACGCCUCACCACCCCCACUCUGCCGGGAAAAAAGCCCCCAAAAAGCAUAAAAUUACUCAAAAGGCAAAACUACGAAGAGCGAGUGUGUGCCAGUGUAUUGAAAAAAUAAUAGUAAAAUAUGAUAAAUUACGGCCUUGCAACAUGCGGCGGCAGAUGAAGUUUGUUCGGUUUCAGAUCACAACAAAAUUAUAGAAUACGCCUACAUACAUAUAUCGCUAUAUACAGUACCAGUCAAUCAAUCAAUAUCGUGUGCAUUCAAAUUCCACAUCGUGCCUACAACUGCAACUGCAAUUGCGCGCCCUCUCUCCGCGAGUAAAAAACGGAAACGGAAGUGCCAGUGACGUAAUACUCCCGAAAAUCCCGGGAGGAUCCCCCACAGCCUCUACCACGACAUUGUGCAACAAAAACAAAGCCAAUCUCUGUGUAUGUACAUCAUUCCCGAGCAAUAUGCUAAAUGCCAUGAUUUGGCCAUGGCUGACAGUGCGUAGCAAAAGUAUUUACAUAACUGGCCAAACCAUUUUGUACAUUAAAGUGUUCAGGCUGGGGGUUUGAAUAAAACAUACACUGAAAACAAACCGAUGAACGUUUCCACGGCAGCGACAGUUCGAAUCGAUGAGAAACAGAUUGCGCCUAAAUGUCUUCCGGAAUUAAUUGUCGUGAAAUUUUCGUAUUUUUGGAAAUUUUGAUUUGGAAUCAAGCAAAACAGAGAAAUCGACAAAACAAUGAGCAUAGCAGCAACAACAACAAGGAAACCAACAACGGCAGCGGCAACAACAACACCAACAAUCAACAUAAUAAAAAUCACAGCAACCGUAGCAGCAGCAGCAGCAACAACAACAACAACAACGCAGUGAAAGUGAUAAAGCAGCAGCAACAACAACUGCCCAAAGCAACCAAAAACAAAAACUUCAAUAGCAAUAACAAUAGCAGCAGCAACAGCAACAAUCUGCACUUACUGCAAAAGGGCUAAAGUUGGACGUUCGAUUCGUAGAUAUUAUCAAAUCAUAGAAAAUUGCUUUAAAUAAACGAUAACGUUAAAUAACUAAAAAAGUUUAAUACAUACGCGAACAAGUGUCUUAUUAACAAAUAGUUUGAUAAACGAAUUAAUAAGGAAACCCAAUAAAUAAGCGGCAGCAACCACAUAUAACAUCAGAUCCAAACAACAUCAACAAUUUAGUACCUACAGGCCUGACAACGUUAGAUCAUUAUAUACAUACAUAUAGAUAUAUAGCAAUAUACAAAACAAAUAUAUAUACAUAUAUAUCGAUUGGCAAGCCCCCUCACACCGCCCCCCGCCCCCGUCUCACAAACACCCACACACUGUGAUAGUUCUUGAUUCACACUGAAUGCGAAAAACGCUGAAAAUUCAUUCACGAAAGCAUCUGCGGACUAGCUAAAACACAAGCCACAAAACAUAAGUAAAGACCAAGUGCAAUAAGACAAUUGGCUAAUACAAUUGGAACCGAAGGGCAGCUGCAUGAAGUAUAUAUAUAUAUAUAUCUAUAUAUUAAGUACUGUAUACAACGUUUUACACAUUUACAAAACAA